AUGACGUCACAGUAUAAUUUUAAAAGAAUUACAGUGGUGCCGUCGGCAUCUGAACUCAAAGAAGUGGUAUUGUCUAAAACUCAACGUAAAACUCCUACGGUUGUUCAUCGUCAGUAUGCCAUCGGAAGAAUCAGAGCAUUCUAUGCUCGUAAAAUUAAAUUUUUACAACAAACUUUGCAUGACAAGCUUACACAAAUCAUCACAGAGUUCCCGAAAAUGGAGGAAGUUCAUCCUUUCUAUGCAGAUUUGAUGAAUAUUUUAUACGAUCGUGAUCAUUACAAAAUUGCUCUCGGUCAAAUGAACACAGCUAGACAUCUCAUCGACGGAAUAGCUCGAGAAUAUGUAAGAUUGAUGAAGUAUGCUGACUCCUUAUACAGAUGCAAAAUGCUCAAAAGAGCCGCUCUUGGACGAAUGGUCAAGUUACUGAAAAGACAGAAGUCUAGUUUCGACUAUUUGGAACAAGUCAGACAGCAUUUAUCCCGUCUGCCAAGUAUUGACCCCGGAACCAGAACUUUAAUUUUGUGCGGUUUCCCCAAUGUGGGUAAAUCUUCUUUCAUCAACAAAGUCACUAGAGCUGAUGUGGAAGUACAACCUUAUGCUUUCACCACCAAAGCUCUGUACGUUGGUCACUUGGAUUAUAAAUUUUUGAGAUGGCAGGUUAUUGAUACUCCUGGUAUCCUUGAUCAGCCUUUGGAGGAAAGAAAUACUAUUGAAAUGCAAGCUGUUACUGCUUUAGCUCACUUGAAAGCUUCAAUUCUGUUCAUUAUGGAUGUAUCUGAGCAAUGUGACAAAUCAAUUGAAGAACAAGUUCAUCUUUUCGAAUCCAUCCGUCCCCUUUUCGCUAACAAACCUGUUCUCGUUGGAUUGAACAAGGUUGAUAUUAUGCGUAGAUCAGAGCUCCCAGAGAGUAAGCUUAAAUGCUUGGAAAAUUUGGAGAAGGAGGGUGUUUCCGUCAUUGAAAUGUCAACCAUGACCCAAGAAGGAGUCGUUAACCUCCGUGAUAAGGCUUGCGAUGAGUUAUUAGCACAGAGAGUCGAAGCCAAAUUACAAUCCAAGAAAGUCGUCGAUGCUCAGAGCUCGGUAUUAAGUAGAGUAUUUGUUGCAUAUCCUACUCCUAGAGACGAUAAGGUUCGUGCAGCUUAUAUUCCCCCAUCUGUUUUGAAGAAGAGAGAACAGCCUAAACUUGCAGCUCAAACUUCAGGACAAGCUCCUGCUGAAAGAGAUGAAGGAAUGAGAAAACUCGAACGUGAAAUUGAGUUAGAGUUAGAAGAUGAUUAUGUACUAGACUUGAAGAAGCAUUAUAUGCUCAAGAAUGAUGAUGAGAAGUAUGAUAUUGUGCCUGAAAUCUGGGAAGGUCAUAAUAUUGCUGAUUUCGUUGAUCCAAACAUUCAACAAAAAUUAGCCGACUUGUUGAAGGAGGAAGAACUCCGCGAAGCUGCUGGCGAGUAUGACUCUGAUCUUGACAGUGAUGACGAGGAAACUAAAGAAAAACUUGAAAUUGCUGGAAUGAUCAGAGAGAAGGAGAAAUUAAUGUCGCUGGAAAGCAAAAUUAACAAAGCUAAGGCUGGCCGACAAGUCUCGAGAUUAAAUGUAAGAAAGCGCGAGAGAUCAAUGACUCGAUUAGAACAGGAACUUGGAGAUCUAGGUGUUGAGGUAGAGACUAAGAGAAUGAAGAACCUUGUUGGGCAAUGCGCCAAACCUAUUCCCGGUAAGAAAAUUCGUGUUGGACGUUCCCCCAGUCUUGGAGCUGUCAGACCUGCACCCAGAGAUGAACUUGCUAUUCCUGACGAGAAGAAAAGACACACUGCUGAGAAGAUCAGGGAACGUGCUCUCAGGAAGCUCAAGAAAGAAGCCAGAAAAGGAGAGGCUGAUCGUCAUAUUUUCGACCUCAAGCCCAAGCACUUGUUCUCUGGUAAGAGAGGAAUCGGUAAAACAGAAAGACGUUAA